AUGUCGGGCCUAGUCAACUACAACUCGGACUCUGAUUCCGAAACCGAAGCCAGCCCUGUCGCCCCCGCCGCUUCGACCGCGACGACAACCAGCCAACCCGCCACUGCAAAGAAGCCGUUCCAAAAGCUGAUCGACCGCAGUAACCCCGGCAAAAUUGUAGUCAGCCUACCGCAAUCUUCCGGAUCAGAUGAGCCGCCAGCCAAGCGCGCCAGGACAGAAGGCAAAGGGGGCGGCCUUUUCAGCAGCUUCAGGUCCGCUCUGCCUGCUCCGAAGAAGACAGCCCCACCGGCCGUCGCCAAGUCGACGGCAUCAGCAUCGGAAGGAGGGGCGCGGGCGGUACCGUUUAGCUUUUUCAAAACUAGCUCGGAAGCUGCCUUUAGUCGGGAGCCGGUGGCGAGCCAGCCUGCAGAUGUCGACGACGACUACGACACUGCCGCAGAGCUAGGAGGAGGGCCUGGUCUGAAACUGAACCUACCCCCACCAAAGUCGCAACAGUCUGGGACGAGCAACCCUGUAGACUCUUCAACAUCGGCAGAACCGAAACCGGAGCCGGAAAAAGAAGUCAAGCUGGUCGGCAAGCCGCUGAUGUUUCGACCGCUGUCGGUGGCUAGGAAGCCCGCCGGCAAGAAGAACACAGUUGCCAAGCCGAAAAGCAUACCGGCUGCAGCACCACCGAAGCAACCGACAGAACCUGCAGCGUCCAAGACUGCCGGUCCUUUUGCAGAACCACCCAAAAAGAAGCAAAAGGUUUCAUUGUUUUCUCUCGGCGAAGAUGCAGCCGAGCCAGCAGGAGAGCCAGAGCCUCCUGCCAGCACGAAUGGCUACGCACCCAUGUUCGAGGACAGCGUGACCGAAGAUGCUGUUUAUUCAGAUUAUGCAUCAUACCAGCCUCCAGAGGCGUACUCGCAGCCCACCUCGGUCGUCUCGGGAAGCCAGGAUCAGUCGUUGGACGCCAUCGCGAACGACCUCAACCUAUCCGCCGCUGCCAGGCGUGAACUGUUUGGACGGGGAGGCUCGGCGGCGGCGCAGUCGGCAACGGCUUCCAAGGUCAUCAACUUCAACCUGGACCAAGAGUACCGGAGCAACGAGGAGAUGCGUGCCUCUGGAGAGCUGCAGGCUCCGGCCAAGGCCGUCAAGGGCAUCGCGCCAGGAAAGCACAACCUGCGCCAGCUUGUCAAUGCGGUCCAGAGUCAACGCGAGGCGCUCGAAGACAGCUUUGUCCAGAACAAGGCCAAACAGGCGGACGCAUCGUCACGAUAUGGCUGGCGAUGACCUGAGUUUUUGGGUUCAUGAAAUUGGCAAACGAACCUCAAGGAUGGCAAGUUCUACAACGAUAGUGGCAUUGCUGGUUCGACUUUCAUAGGAUGAUUGGCAAUAUCAUCACAAGGCACAAAGCUGGAGCAUUAACAGCGGAACGCUCGGUGGGUACUGCCAACAAGUGAUUUAUUUUGAACAGGGCCGCUUCAGGCUUUUGUAUUCUAGAGAGUGCCAGAGCUAACGCUUAGAGUAAAUGUAACAAGCAAGAAAAAAAACAAACAUAUAUUCCCAAGGUAUCAUCACACGCCAUAACUCCCGCUAUCGUUACAUUCUGCCGUCCAUACAUGGGACAGCUGAAGAGAAAGAGAGAGACAAAAAAAAAAAAAAAAAUACAAACAAAAAUUGAUCAGAUGUGAAAAUUGCAACCACGGCCCGUGAGACAGGCAACCAGUGCAUCUAACAAGUCUCUACCGCCGCGGUUCUAGUCUUCCAUGCAUCUGUCGCACGGAGAAACUCCCACUCGUUUCUGGUGAUGGGUGAAACAUCAUCGUAACCCUUUGGAGUGGGCGGGCCGAGGUGGGCGUCGGCAGGGGACGCAGGGGCGCAGUAGCUCAGCCUCCGGUUAAGGAUCUCGUCGAUGGAGAAGGCCGGCGUCAUUUUCCACGGCGGCAGUUGCGGAGGAUACUCGGUAGGCCUGGCGGUGGGGAGGUCGCUCUCGUCGAUAUAAAAGCUCAUAAUGGAGUCGCCCAGCUCGCAGCCGUCCGAGUCGGACUCGCUGUCGCUGUAGAUGGCCUCAUCGCAGGUCAUGGCGAUGCCGAUGGCCACCUCCUCGGCCGAAUUUUGCGACUCUAGGUCUAUGACAGGCACCUUGACGGGCCCAUCGUCAAAGGACGUCUGCAGCCUCAAUACCGGUACCUUGGGUGGCUGCCUGGGAGCUGGCGGUGUGUGAGGCGCGGUGAACUGGAAUCCAGCCAGCAGAGACGCAUCCAUUGGCGCCUCCAGCUCGGCAACAUGGGGCCUCGCAGGCUCGGCAACUCCGACCUUGGCGAGGGAGCCCGCCGUCAUGGCCUUUGGCGUGAUGGGCGAAACUUGGUCAUCAGGGACCGCAACCAGGAAGUGCUCCUCGUCGCAGAUGCCGCACGUGCUGUUCCCAACCCUGAACUUUGUGUUUCUCUUGUUGGUGUCGUUAAUGUUGGAGGCGAGCGCCAUGGGUAGGGACAUGGAGCCGUCGCUGGCGUUGACGUAGUUGAUCAUGCCAUUGCACACGAU